CUCAGCGGCCGCCCAGCGCCAAGCAGCAGAAAGAGGAGAGCAACAACCAGGAGAAGGAGAGCCUGCUGCGGGCGGGCGGCGAGGCGGAGGAGGGCGGCGAGGCGGGCGGCGGCGGAGCGGGGAGAAGGGAGUUCAUCGAGGCUCCGCCGCCCAAGGUGAACCCCUGGACGAAGAACGCGGCCGCGCUGGCGGUCAACGGGCAGUCGCCUCCAGAUAUAUUUCCAGCUGAUGGCCAGUCUGAAAACACAACUCCUGCUAAAGUGGUGAGGGCUGCCAACCCGAGACAGCGCAAGGGAAGCAAGGUUGGUGACUUCGGUGAUGCUACAAAUUGGCCAACACCUGGAGAAAUAGCUCACAAGAGUGUCCAGCAGCCACACAAAGCACCAUCCCUCCGGAAACUGCCUAUCAAGAAAGACAUGAAAGAACAGGAGAAAGGGGAUGGAAGUGAUGGCAAAGAGAGCCUGAAAACCAAAUCAGAUGAGUCUGGUGAGGAGAAGAACGGUGACGAUGACAACCAGAAGUCAGCCCAGAAGAAGAAAGGCAACAAACACAAGUGGGUCCCUUUGCAGAUAGACAUGAAGUCAGAGGUGCCUCGGGACAAAACAGCCUCUCGGAACAACCGGCAAAAUGAGCAGCACAGGCACCUCUCCAACAACCGUGGCGAGCUGAAAGGCUGGCACCCAGACAACAAGCAUGAGCGCCCCUGGCAGGACCAUGAUGAGACCUCCAGUGUGAAGAGCGAGGGAGGAGCUGUACGAGGAGCCUUCCGGGGCCGAGGCAGGGGCCGUGGCAGGGGCCGUGGCCGGGGCAGAGGAGGGCACUUCGAUUACCAGUAUGGAUACCGAAAGUUUGAGGGCUCAGAUGGCUCCCGCACCCAGAAGUAUGCUAGCAACAUCACUUACUACUUUGACAACAUUAGCAGCACCGAGCUCUAUAGCGUGGACCAGGAACUGCUCAAGGACUACAUCAAGCGGCAGAUAGAAUAUUACUUCAGUGUGGACAACCUGGAGCGAGACUUCUUCCUGCGUCGCAAGAUGGACUCAGAUGGAUUCCUUCCCAUCACCCUGAUUGCCAGUUUCCACCGGGUACAGGCACUGACUACUGACAUCAGUCUCAUCAUUAAGGCUUUGAAGGACAGCAAGGUGGUGGAAAUUGUGGACCAGAAGAUCAGAAGAAAAGAGCAGCCAGAAAAGUGGGCUCUGCCUGGCCCUCCUAUGGCAGACUACACACAGACUGACUUCUCACAGUUCAUCAACUGCCCUGAGUUUGUGCCCCGGCAAAGCUUCCAGAAGGAGACAGAGUCUGCUCCUGGCUCCCCACGUCCCACCAGUCCAGUCCCCACAAAAACAGAGGAAGUCAGUAACCUGAAGACAAUGCCCAAGGGCCUGUCCACAAGCCUGCCCGACCUGGAUUCAGAGACGUGGAUUGAAGUGAAGAAGAGGCCUCGGCCCUCUCCAGCCAGGCCCAAGAAACCAGAGGAGUCAAAGACCCCACAGCAGCAGAAGCAAAAGGACCAAGAUGAACCCGAGGAGUUGGACUUCCUUUUUGAUGAGGAGAUGGAGCAGAUGGAUGGCCGCAAGAACACGUUCACCGACUGGUCAGACGAGGAUUCGGAUUACGAAAUUGAUGAUCGGGAUGUGAACAAGAUCCUCAUCGUGACUCAGACGCCUCCAUACCUACGCCGGCAUCCUGGUGGAGACCGGACUGGCAACCACACAUCCAGGGCUAAAAUGAGUUCAGAGUUGGCCAAGGUGAUCAAUGACGGGCUGUACUACUAUGAGCAAGACCUGUGGACAGAGCAGUUUGAGCCAGAGUACUCACAGAUCAAGCAAGAGGUGGAGAACUUCAAGAAGGUGAAUAUGAUCAGCAGGGAGCAGUUUGAUACUCUGACCCCAGAACCCCCCGUGGAUCCAAACCAGGAGGUCCCUCCUGGCCCCCCCAGGUUCCAGCAAGUACCUACAGAUGCUUUGGCUAACAAGUUGUUUGGAGUACCUGAACCUUCAACCAUCGCCCGAUCUUUGCCUACAACCGUACCAGAAUCACCCAACUACCGCAAUGCCAGGACCCCCAGGACCCCUCGCACACCUCAGCUGAAGGACCCUACACAGACACCCCGGUUCUACCCAGUGGUGAAGGAGGGCAGGACGAUAGAUGCCAAGACCCCACGGAAGAGGAAGACAAGGCACAGUUCAAACCCCCCAAUGGAGUGCCACGUGGGCUGGGUGAUGGACUCCCGGGAGCAUAGACCCCGAACUGCCUCCAUCAGCUCCAGCCCCUCUGAGGGAACUCCGGCCGUUGGAAGCUAUGGCUGCACCCCGCAGUCCCUGCCCAAGUUUCAGCAUCCUUCCCAUGAGCUGCUCAAGGAGAACGGCUUCACGCAACACGUCUACCACAAGUACCGUCGGCGCUGCCUUAAUGAGCGAAAGCGGCUGGGCAUUGGUCAGUCCCAGGAGAUGAACACGCUCUUCCGAUUCUGGUCCUUCUUCCUACGAGAUCACUUCAAUAAGAAAAUGUAUGAGGAGUUUAAGCAACUGGCUGUGGAGGAUGGGAAAGAGGGAUACAGGUAUGGUCUGGAGUGCCUUUUCCGAUACUACAGCUAUGGGCUGGAGAAGAAAUUCCGGCCAGACAUAUUUAAAGACUUUCAAGAAGAGACCAUCAAGGAUUAUGAAGCUGGCCAGCUCUAUGGGCUGGAAAAGUUCUGGGCCUUCUUAAAAUAUUCCAAAGCCAAAAAUCUGGACAUCAACAGCAAACUGCAAGAAUACCUCAGCAAGUUCAAGCGCCUCGAGGACUUCCGAGUGGAUCCACCCAUGGGAGAGGAAGGUGGACACAAGAGAUACCCAACGACGUCAGGGGGAGAUGGCAGGAAGCGCUACCCAUCCCAGUCUUCCAGCAAAACGGUCAGCCAGUGCCCAUCCAGCCAAGCCCACGCCUCGCCCAGUCAGCCUGCACAAGAGGAUGCCAAAAACCUGAGCCAGCAAGUCCCUGCUGCAGAGUCGCAGACAGUGGGGAAGUAGAGAGGAUGCAGCUUCUGCUUCCCACCAGGAGACGGGAUGGGUUGUGGGGGACUGGCUCAGAGAAGAGGAUGAGGGGUUGUGAUGGGAAGGGAGUUGGAAUGUGGGUGCCCAGGAAUAGCCUGCUGGGAGAAACUUCAACGCACAUGAUUUUUUUUCUCUUGUGGCUGGAAAGCAAAGACGAUUCGCAUCUAAAACACCGUUUUGCUAUUACAAACCUGACCAGAGCCAGACCCACCCCCACCAGAUCCACCCUUUGCUUUUCCUUCUCAUCCCUCCCCUCCUGUGCACACGCUCGUGUCUUAGUGUAUCUUCAAAAAAGUAUUCUGGCUGGGUUGGAAAGGGGAGAUUUUUUUAUUAUUAUUAUAUAUAUAUAUCAAGUUUUAAAUUAUUGCUAGAGGUUUGUCCAGAUUUACCAAAACAAGUCCGCUCUGUGCAGCCCUGGUGACUCCUUUUGUGUCCCCACCCCUUGGAUCGCUGGGCAGCCCGGCCAGGAAGCUCAGAGGAGUGAGGUUCCCUCGCAGGGGCCGAAGCCACAGCAUUGCAGUGCUGCGGAGCCUCUGAUCUCCAUGACCUGGCUGACAUUUCCCAUCCCAUGUCUGGCAGUGCUUCUUCGACACCAACCGUCGCUAAAGGCACCCAGCCCUGUUGGUCUUCCCGGUCCGUCCUCCCCAGCGUCUUCAUCUCCAACCUUCUCGCGGGUCUGGCUCUCCCUCUGCCCACCUCUUCUCCCUUCCAUCACGGACAAUUUGGAAAUCAACCAAAGGACCUUUGCCAAGGAUAGGUUUGUUGUGACUCCUUCCUGCAAGAAUGGCAGCUGGGAGGCUGGCAGGCACCUGGACUUGAAAUCUGCGUGGAUGCCGCAGCCGCCUGCCCAGGGCCCAUUGCAUGCAAAGACAGGACUUUGCUGAAGGAGCCUUCCUCUUCCUUUUCCCUUGGAAAAAUGAAACAAACAACAACGAAAAAACACAAUACCCCUGAAACAACAACAACAAAAACUCUAGAAAGACAUCUUCCUUUGCUUUCUUCCUUGGAUAUAUUAAUUGAAGACGAAAAAAAAAAAAGAAAAAAAACACAAAAAUACAAAAAAAAAAAAAAAAAAAAAAGUUGCCUUAUGGUGGAGCUGGAAUGGGGAGGCUCACUGGCCUCUCGUGCCCCAGGGCGUGCUGGGCGUUUUGCCCACACCCACAGACUCCUCCCGGCACUGCUGCCGAGCCCACCUGCCCUGCAGCCUCCUCCAACCCACAGCUCCCUGGGACGCUCCUGCAGGGAAGGCACUGAUGGCAGUCAUACUCCAGACUUGUGCUCACCACGUAGUUGAAGUCCUAUGUUGUGUACAUACUACUGUAGCAUCCUCCCUGCAACGGUGACUGUGAGCUUGUGACAUCGCUCGGCCUUUUCUGGGCAGCCUGGGUUGUGCCUGGGAGGUGGGCAGCGUCUGUCAAGGCAGCUGGAGGGACUUUGGUGCUGGGAGGGCAGGCAAGGCCUCAUGCAACCCGAUGCUGUUGUCUGAUACACAGUGCAACUCCUGCUGCCAGCCAGUGAAUCUUGCUCUAUGUCCCAGUAGGCAGUUGCCCAUUGGAGGAGGGCUGUUGCCUGGGUAGCUGCACUGGGGGCUGUGACAAUGUCCUGGGGGCUGUGCUGUGCAGCACUGGCUGGGCUGUGGCCAGCAAAUCCUCCCCAGGUCCAUAUUGGUUGCAUCCCUCACAAACACGUGGCUGUGUGGGGGGACAUGGUCCAGGAGUGAGAUUUGUGCCCCCGGCUCAGAGCACCUCUUCAGUGAGAGCUGCUUGCCCUGCUGCUCUGCUCUGUGCCCUGGGUCAGGACCUGUGCUUUGCAGCUGGCUUGGUUGAAACUCUGGCACGCUGUCCUCAUGUGCUGUGAGCAUGCUGUGUUUGCAUGGUGCGGAGCGGGCGCUUGGUGGGCUGUGGAAAGAUACAGCUGAUUGCAUUGUCCUCUGCAAAAUCAAAAGCUGGUAACGAACAUUUCCCUAAAGUAUUUUGAAGUCAGUACAGCACUGUGUCUUGUAGCUGCAGGAGGGAGCCGUGUCCUUAGGCUGUGUCUGUAUGGCUGUGAGGCUUGCGGGUAGGAGUAACCAGGUGCUGAGCAGAACUCAAGGUGCUGAGAUGGGCAAGGGGCUGGAGGUUGGAGUGGCUGCAGCUGCUUGCUGAAUCCUGGCUGAUGUUGCCUUCCUGAACUGACACUGCAUCAAAGUCUUGCUUUAUAGGUGAGGGAGAGGUACUGGUCUACAGGGCAGCUUUGUGAACUUGGGAUUGAGAGCAUAGCCGAGGGUUGAGUGAAACUGGGCAGCUGCUGCUUCACUGUUUCCUCAUGGUGUGAUCUUGUUCUGGUCUGUCUGCUGCUAUCACAACGUUCUGCAGCUUGGUACCGCUUGGAGGCUGGGUUUGGGAUGUUAUGUCCAGGUCCUCAACUUGCUCUGGGUUUCCCAGCGUACGCAGGCUGGGCUGGCAAUUAGCUUUGGUGUAACUGCAGCCUCAGCUGUUAUGUCUGCAUUUCUCUUCUCCUGUGAGCUGAGUCGGAUCUCUGAUACAGUGCAUGUGACAGGGCUUGGCCCUGCUUUGGGAAGGAAAAGCCUUGGAGCCUGGACUUGAGGUUGACCAAGGCUGUUAGAGAAGUUUUGAUGGUUGUGUGCAAGUGGCAGCAGGUUUGAACGUGCUGCAAGUGGUCCUUGCUGCGUUCCCUGUGUUCCUCUCAUUGGUGCGUGUUCUUUGGAUGCCGAUGAGCUGCUUUUGAGCAACAAACAAAACAGGAAACUAGGAGAAACAAACUCCUGCUGUGGAGAUGUUCCUUGUGGAACAGACUGUGGAAUUGUUUGGGUGAUAGAAGAGGCAAACAAUGUCCCAUAGAAUUUUCCAGAACUUGAACUGAUCUGAAAUUAUCCCUCUAAUUUCUGAGGCUGAGGCUCUGUCUGGUCUUGGCACAGAAGAGUUUUCCCCUCUGAGUCAGUGCUUGGUUGCAUUGGUGUGGCUGAGGGUGGCUUUUGCAGGAGGUCAGAGGAGAGAUCCCAGCCGUUGCAGUCUCUGUUAGGGGACAGCAAGCUGCGUGCUGCUGUGUGCCCUGUAGCAUCUCCAUGGGACAGCAGCAUCUCCAGAGAAUGAAGGGAAGGUGGAAACAAACAGCCUGCUCAGCUGGUGCCUGCAGGGCAGGUGAUGACAUCCGCAGGUACAGUGGAACUGCUCGAGGGCUGAGCUCUGCAUGGCUGUCUCGUGUCCUACAGCAGGCAUGGGGAUGGGGCUGCAGUGCUCCCCCUCUUGCAUGCACACCCUGCUGGUGCUGUGCAGCCAUGUGCAUCAGGCACUGUGCAUCAGGUGUCGCUCGUGGCUCGCUCCGCCCCAGGGAAAUAGGACAGCUGUCCAGAGUGUGGUUUUGCUUGGAUUCCUCUUGUCCUCCUGCUGAGGAAGGAGUUUGGCCUUGCUUUUAGUUUGGAUGCUUCAUCACGAUCAUAUAUAAUGAUUUUUUUAAAAUUGUUAUAACGAUCUGAGCAAUCAGGUGCUCAGUUCCUGUGACUGCAAUGCCACUUGCUGACCCCUGCAUGGCUGCAGGCACUCGCAGCAGCUCCAGACCUCUGGCAGGGGUCAGCAGUGAAGCUGGAUGGUGUGUUUCAGAGGAGACUUUGUUGCUUAAUAUGUUCAUUUGGGGGGGAGGGGGGGAAAGGAAAGAAAGAUAAUAAUAAUAAUAAUAAUAGUACUGCUGCUCCAUUUGCCUGUCUGUCCCUCUCCCUGCUGCACCCCCCCGUCAGCAGCUUUUUGCUGUAGCCCAUGGGUUCCCUCGAGGUUUGGCAACUGCUCACAUUGCUUCAGACUGGUGACUGUACUGUAACGAUGAUUUGUGAACCUCAGCAUGCUGCCACGUGUCCACACAUUCAGCGUGGCGGUGCAGAGGGGGCCUUUAGCUGUUAAUGCCUUUCCAGUUAUUUUAUCAAAAGGAAAAGGAAAAAAAAAAAGAAAAAAGAGAAGAAAAAAAAAAAAAAAAAAGAAAACUGUAAAUGUAGCAAGCUGUGUUUGCAAUGCUUAUUUUCUCCUGUUUCCUCUGAGACUGGUUAUGUCACUGUCACUGUUUAGAAAUGGAUGCUAGGCUCUUUUAGAGAGGGUUGCUACACUUGAUGUUAAAUGCCUCACUGACUCUUUUCUUUUUUUUUUUUUUUUUUUUUUUUUUUUAAAGUUU